CCCCGUAUGAAUCCAUUAUUAAUUAUUUAGGGGAAAAAUCGAAAAUUUCACACAAGCCCUCAUUAAUAAGCGCCCCCUCGACUCUCUUUUUGGCUUCGUGAGGCUCUCUCUCGAACGCAUAAGAAAUAUUGACAGGACUCCUUUGGGCUCUAAUCCCCCCUUCGAAGUAUGCCAGCUUGAUUUUAUUGAUAUAGUGAAGUUGUGUAAUUUCUGCUGAAAAUGAGCGUUGUUGGGUUUGAUUUUGGCAAUGAGAGCUGCAUUGUUGCUGUUGCGAGGCAGAGAGGAAUUGAUGUUGUGCUUAAUGAUGAAUCAAAGCGUGAAACACCAGCUAUUGUUUGCUUUGGGGACAAGCAGAGAUUCAUUGGUACUGCAGGGGCAGCAUCUACUACAAUGAAUCCUAAGAAUUCAAUUUCUCAGAUAAAGCGAUUAAUUGGCCGUCAGUUCUCAGAUCCCGAGUUGCAAAGAGAUCUCAAGUCAUUGCCCUUCAAUGUCACCGAGGGGCCUGAUGGAUAUCCUUUGAUUCAUGCUCGGUAUUUAGGUGAAAUGAGAGCUUUUACCCCAACCCAAGUUUUGGGAAUGGUUUUGUCGAAUUUGAAAAGCAUAGCCGAGAAGAAUCUAAAUGCAGCUGUGGUGGAUUGCUGCAUUGGAAUUCCUGUAUACUUCACUGAUCUUCAAAGAAGGGCUGUCCUCGAUGCUGCCACAAUUGCAGGCUUGCACCCCCUUCGCUUGAUUCAUGAAACUACAGCAACAGCAUUGGCUUAUGGUAUUUAUAAAACUGAUUUACCUGAAAAUGACCCAUUAAAUGUUGCCUUUGUUGAUAUUGGACAUGCUAGCAUGCAAGUUUGUAUUGCUGCCUUCAAAAAGGGGCAACUCAAGAUCCUAGCUCAUUCAUUUGACCGCUCUUUGGGUGGUAGAGAUUUUGAUGAAGUUCUGUUUCAACAUUUUGCUGCAAAAUUUAAAGAGGAAUACAAGAUUGAUGUCUUCCAGAAUGCUAGGGCUUGUACUAGACUCCGGGCAGCUUGUGAGAAGCUAAAGAAGGUACUUAGUGCCAAUCCUGAGGCACCUUUGAAUAUUGAGUGCUUGAUGGAUGAGAAGGAUGUCAGGGGUUUCAUUAAGAGAGAGGAGUUUGAGCAGAUCAGUGCUCCAAUUUUGCAACGUGUGAGAAGGCCACUUGAGAAAGCACUUGCUGAUGCUGGACUUGCUGUUGAAAAUGUUCAUAUGGUUGAGGUUGUUGGCUCAGCCUCUCGUGUUCCUGCUAUGAUGAAAAUCCUCAUGGAGUUCUUUGGUAAAGAGCCUAGACGCACAAUGAAUGCUAGUGAAUGUGUUGCAAGGGGUUGUGCUUUGGAAUGUGCAAUUCUCAGUCCCACAUUCAAAGUUCGAGACUUUCAGGUCAAUGAGAGCUUCCCUUUCCCAAUCUCACUAUCAUGGAAGGGUUCUGGUCCGGAUUGUCAGACUGGAGGAGCAGAACAACAACAACUGGUUUUCCCGAAGGGAAACCCAAUACCCAGUGUCAAGGCUGUGACAUUCCACAAAUCAAGUACUUUCUCUGUUGAUGUUAAAUAUUCUGAUGUUAGUGAUUUGCAGGCCCCGGCAAAGAUCAGUACUUACACGAUUGGGCCUUUCCCAACAAUAAGAAAUGAACGACCAAAAUUGAAGGUCAAGGUCCGCCUGAAUUUGCAUGGGAUUGUGUCCCUUGAGUCGGCAACUCUCUUGGAAGAGGAAGAAGUUGAAGUUCCAGUUUCAAAAGAGCCUGAAAAAGACAAUUCUAAGAUGGAGACUGAUGAAGCACCUAGUGAUACUGCUGCUCCAAGUGCCAAUGAGACUGAUGUUAACAUGCAAGAUGCCAAGCCUACAGCUGAUGCAGCAGGGGCUGAAAAUGGUGUUGAUGAGUCAGGUGACAAUCCUGUGAAAAUGGAGACUGAUACUAAAGUUGAGGCUCCCAAGAAGAAGGUGAAGAAAACAAAUGUCCCAGUGGCAGAGUUGGUCUAUGGUGCUAUGUUAGCUGCAGAUGUUCAAAAGGCAGUAGAGAAGGAGUUCGAAAUGGCUUUGCAAGAUAGGGUAAUGGAAGAAACCAAGGAUAAAAAGAACGCUGUUGAGGCUUAUGUAUAUGACAUGAGGAAUAAGCUAAGUGAUAAAUACCAUGAUUUUGUUACUGCUCCGGACAAGGAAGAGCUUAUGAUUAAGCUUCAAGAAACUGAGGAUUGGCUAUAUGAAGAUGGAGAAGAUGAAACAAAGGGUGUUUAUGUUGCUAAGCUUGAAGAGCUUAAGAAGCAAGGGGAUCCUAUUGAAGAACGUUUCAAAGAAUAUACUGACAGGGGAACUGUCAUUGACCAACUUGCUUACUGUAUUAACAGUUACAGGGAGGCAGCCAUGUCAAAUGAUCCUAAAUUUGAUCACAUUGAACUUGCUGAAAAGCAAAAGGUGUUGAACGAGUGUGUAGAAGCUGAGGCCUGGCUGAGAGAGAGAAAACAGCAGCAGGACCAACUUCCCAAGCAUGCUACUCCAAUUCUCUUGUCAGCUGAUGUGAGAAAGAAAGCUGAAGCACUAGAUAGGUUUUGCAGGCCUAUUAUGAUGAAACCUAAGCCAGCUAAACCUGCUAAACCAGCCUCACCUGAAACACCGGCAACCCCACCACCUCAGGGUGCAGAUACUAAUGCGAAUCCAAAUGCAAGCCCCAACCGUGAUCUGCCCAAUGAAAAUGCAUCCCCAGGUAAUGGUGAGGCACCACCGGCUUCUGAACCAAUGGAAUCCGACAAAUCAGAGGGUGCAUCUACUACCACAUAAAUUAUUAGCUCGGUUUUCAUUCUUAUGUGUAAACCCACUAUUUUCUAGAAAGUUUGAGACCGACUCUUGGAUGGGUUAACGGUUGUGUUAUUUGGGGUCAUGAUUUCGUAAAGACUUCUCUUUGCAUUGCUCGUCUGUCUACUGAAUUUGUUUUCAUUAAGACCGAGUCAUUAGAAUCCUGAUUUUAUCAAAAGAGGGUUUUUAAGAGGAGAUACGGUCAUUAUGGUUUCCUUGCUAACGAGUUUUUUGUUAGUGGGAGGCUAAAUGUUUACUCUUUUCAAGGAUAUACCAAGUGCUAAAGGUUUACGAUUUGCU